AUGCAUAGACCUUUGUAAAAUGAGGUUAUCUGGUAAUCAUUUUACGUCAAAAUCAUUUAGGAGUUAGUGUCAAAAAAUCUAUUCAUAAAUAGAAUAUAAAAAUGAAAGUUAUUUCUAAACAAUACAAAUGUUUAUUAUAGAUACCUUUUUCGAUUAAUGAAAUUUUAAAGGCGUACACUUUUUAUGUUUUAUGAAUAAACUUCUGGGUUAAUUUUUUCCAAUUUCAUUAUUGAAAUUGGUAAGUAUUAUAGCAGUAAUUUAAUUAUUGUGAUUAAAAAUUUAAUAUUUUCACGAUACUGAAUCAUGUCUGAUGAAGCCGAGCAGCAGGCGGAGGAAAUUGAAGUAUUAAAAUCGAUUUACGAGGGCGAUGACAAUUUCAAACAGGUGGAUGCUAAAACUUAUCAGUACAAGUAUAUGGACGGUGAUAAGUCAUUUAUUCUAGAAAUAUCAUGGGGUCUAAAGUAUCCAACAGAGAAGCCAAGUUUUAACUUAGAAAUAUUCUACAAUCAACACUUGUUAGCAACAGUAAAAGAAAACAUACUAUCAAUAUUGAACACAGAAGCGGAACAAUGGCUCGGCUGCGCCAUGACGUACACGCUGUUUGAGUGCCUCAGGGAAAGGGUGUCCGAGAUACUGGCUGGCCAGGUCGAGGAGGUCGUGUCCACCAGGGUCGAAAAAAUCGUGAUAGAUGAUCAGACGGAAACUACUAAAAAACCAGAAAAGAAGGAGCAGCUCACGAAAGCACAGAAGCGCCGAGCGUGGGACAAGGCUGAACUAGGAAAGGGCGGUGAGAAACCCCGCGGAUGGGAUUGGGUCGACAUCGUCAAACAUUUGUCUCAAGUGCCGCAUCAGCCCACGUCAUGACACCAAUAAACCGAUCUAGGAUUAAAUAUUGAAACCACGUAACGUGACAAAAUUAUAAAUAAACAAGAUUUUAUAUUAUAGAAUUGUUCCUUUCCUAUGUCGUAACACUAUAGAAAUAGUUAUAAUAGUUCAAUUAAAGAUUCGUUUACAUACAUUUUAUAUUUUGAGGAGUGAGACUUUUUGAUUCGAGCGACAUUUCCGUUAAAACGCGACUUUUAUCUUUGUAAUUAAAGAUCUUUUUUAUUUAGUAUUAGUAUUAACAAUUCGAUGUUUUUAAUUUGAACUAUGCUUACCACAUUCAAAAAACUGAAGAAGCUUUUUUUCAUGAUUUUUUUUCGAAAUUUUAAUGCUUUAUAUAGUCCUGUAUAUUUGCAAAAAUGUCGCUAAAACCAUAUAGCCUUUCACCUUUCGAUUUGAUCUAUCUUUAACGAGAGUGCCUCGUAACGUUAUAAAACAAAGAUAACAGGUUUUGUUGAGUUUAAUGACAGCUGAUGGAACGAACGAAUGAGCGGGACCGAUAGCUCCGGCGUGGUGGCGCCACUUGUACUACGCGGCGACGCUGUCAUGUCACUGUCGGAGUUUUACGUUCACAGAUUAUAGCAAUAUUUUUUCAUUUUGUUACUCUGUAAAGACGACUGAGCUACCUGCAAUAGGUCACGUAGCUCAUUCAAUUGUAUAUAACGUUCAAUAAAGUAUAUUGUUUAUAAAA